GUUGAGAAACAAACAACCUACAUUGAGAUAAAAAUCUCUCCAUAGAGCUCCUUAUAUAAACCCCAUCAUUUGUUAGCCUCUAAAUUCCAUCAACAAAAAACCUCUCCUUCCAUUCCUCGUUAAUUCUAUCUAUCUAUCUAUUAUCUCUUUGCUUUCUUUACUACUUUUUAUAUCGAAAAAGAAAAAAAAUGUGCAAGCCGACAAGUGCACCAUUCAGCUGCAAAUGCGAUGCAAACGAGCCAUACGGAGAAACAGAUUUUCUCUCCAUUAAAGUCCUUGAAGAAGCCGACAUGUCUACCCCUUUGAUACCCAAAAGCCCAACAAACGAUCAAAUUCAUAACGAGCAUACCUACCCCCACAUAACCAACAAGAAAAUCACUAGUGCUACCCAUCUUUCCAUUGUUCUUAAUGAAGCUAAAUUCAUUGCUAAUAUCGCUUUUCCCAUGAUUCUCACUGGCCUUUUGCUUUACUCUCGGUCUAUGAUCUCUAUGCUUUUUCUUGGCCGCCUCGGCGGCCUGGCCCUUGCUGGUGGGUCUCUUGCUAUUGGCUUUGCUAACAUAACUGGAUAUUCAAUCCUUUCUGGUUUAGCUAUGGGCAUGGAACCCAUUUGUGGACAAGCUUUUGGAGCCAAAAGAUACAAUCUUCUUGGGCUUACUUUGCAAAGAACUGUUCUUUUGCUUUUGUUAACUUCAUUCCCAAUUGCUCUGUUUUGGGUUAACAUGAAGGCUAUUCUUCUUUACUGUGGCCAAGAUGAAGAUAUUGCUAAUGAGGCCCAAUCUUAUUUGUUCUAUGCACUUCCUGAUUUAUUCGCCCAAUCUUUUCUUCAUCCCUUAAGAAUUUACCUUAGAACUCAAUCGAUAACUCUGCCUCUUACUUGUUGCGCGGUUUUCGCAAUUCUUUUGCAUAUACCCAUAAAUUAUCUCCUUGUUAUUAAGCUUAAUUUGGGUGUUAGAGGAGUUGCUUUGAGUGGUGUUUGGACUAAUUUUAAUUUAGUAGCUUCGUUGAUUGUGUAUAUUCUUGUGUCCGGUACAUACAAAAAGACGUGGGAAAAGUUGUCUACAGAGUGCCUUAAAGGAUGGAAAUCGCUCUUGAAUUUGGCAAUCCCAAGCUGCAUUUCUAUGUGUUUGGAAUGGUGGUGGUACGAGAUCAUGAUUUUGUUAUGUGGACUGUUGAUUAACCCAAAAGCAACGGUUGCUUCAAUGGGCAUUUUAAUUCAAACGACCUCGUUGAUUUACAUAUUCCCAUCUUCAUUGAGUUUCAGCGUGUCAACGAGGGUGGGGAAUGAACUAGGUGCGACGCAACCGAUGAAAGCCAAGGUUGCUGCCAUUGUAGGCCUUGCUGGCAGCUUCAUUUUGGGGUUUACAGCUCUUUUUUUUGCGGUGACGGUGAGGAACGUUUGGGCCAGGAUGUUCACUAAUGACAGGGAGAUAUUGGCGUUAACAUCACUUGUUCUGCCAAUAAUUGGGCUUUGUGAACUGGGAAACUGUCCACAAACAACUGGAUGUGGGGUUUUGAGAGGAACAGCAAGGCCUAAAGUUGGGGCAAAUAUAAAUUUAGGUUGCUUUUAUCUCGUUGGGAUGCCAGUAGCAGUGGGGCUAAGUUUUUAUUUUGGGUUGGAUUUUGAAGGACUAUGGCUCGGACUAUUGGCCGCACAGGCUUCAUGUAUGGUCACUAUGCUCAUCGUUUUGCUUCGUACAGAUUGGGAUUUAGAAGCAUUCAGAGCCAAAGAACUAACGGGAACUACAAUUCUUGAUCACAGCAAAGAAAUUCAAGAAAAUAAUAAUAAGCAACUCAAUGAAAAUUUAUUAUGUUAACAAUUUUAAUUUUUCACCUAGAUUUCCCUCCAAUUAAAUUAUAUUAAGAAAUAGAUGUAUAGAGGGUGGGGAGGGGGCAGGGGUUCAUUGAUGUAGUUUUUUUCUUUUCUUUCUUUUUUAAUUUUUUAGGCUCUUUUGGUAAUUCUUGUGAGGUCCAAAAUGGGAAUACCACAGGAAAUGACAAGAGAUUGUAGCUGGAAAAACCAGCAAGAAGAAAAGGUGCUCUUUGUACUCUAGCUCAAGAAACAUAUGCUUAGAAAAUUACUACUACGUCAAAUUCUGUUCA